AUGGGCACUAAGGAAACUGCUGAGAGGCUCAAAGAGCUUCCUUUGGAUCUGCCACUUCUGAUAUCGAACGCAUUCCUUCCCACCGCGUAUAAGCUCGCAUUGAGUAUUGAUCACUUGAAGCCAAACUUCAAAGCUUCCACUACUAUUGAGCUAUCGAGAAACCCAGCAUGUACAACUCCACCAUCGACAUUUCAGCUUUGCUUACAUAGCCACAACUUGGUGAUUCUUUCAGCGAAGCUCACUGCUUCGGAGUUGUCCGAAUCAAAGAAAUUGCAAGUUUGCAAUCGUAGAGACUCCCAGACAGUCGUGAUGACUUGCGAUACACCCACAGAAGGCUUGAGCUCAAUUACUAUAGACAUCACUUACAUGGGCAGUAUUCACAACAUCCAAACCUAUAGAGAUGAAACGUACGGUGUGUUUAAAACGAACUACUCGGACUCCGUGGAGGGAAGAUCGGAUAACUAUAUUGUUGCAACACACUCGCAGCCAUAUGGAGCCCGCUCUAUAUUUCCAUGUGUAGACGAAGUCAAUGUGAGGGCAUCGUUUUCUCUUCAGAUCACCACACAUGCAAAGUUCAAAGCCCUCUCAAACUCAAAGCUAGCGUCACAUUCCUACGUCGAUAUGUCUGAUCAAGCCACUUUCACGUUUGAAACAACUCCACCAAUGCCAACUUCGACGUUUGCUUUUGUACUUGGAGACCUCGAGAGCUUACAGUCGAAGGCUGGAGAAGUACCCGUGAGUAUUGCAACUACGAAAGGAGACUCGCAUUUGACUCAUUACGCACUUCAUUGUGUGGUCACUCUUCUACCUAUUCUCGAGAAGCUCUUUGGUGUAAAGUACCCCCUUCCAAAGCUCGACAUUGUGACCUUGCCAUUUUUUAGUGAAGGCGCAAUGGAAAAUUGGGGUUUGAUAACCGUCGUCAAGGAGAGCUUGUUCAUUGUCGAGGAUCCUUGCAUUACUUUCCAAACCAGACAACUUUUAGCACACCAAUUGACACAUCAAUGGCUCGGAAACUUAAUCUCCUUUGAUGAUUUCAAGUAUAUGUGGUUGACUGAAGCAUUUGCAACGUUUGUGGGUGAUUUUGCUCUUUCUAUCGCUAGGAUCGAGCCCGAAGAUUCACUCAACUACAACAUCGGUAAGUCAGAACUAGUGGAGAAUUUGAUGGACAUUGAUUGCUUCUACGGAAAGCCGAUCCCUAGCUUGAAUGAACACAUGAACUCUAUCAAGACAGACAAUAGCGCCAAGACAGGUACAAUUUUUGAGAAACAGUCUUACGAAAAAGGUAUGGUAAUACUCAAUAUGGUUUCCACCAUGUUUCAGCUUGAUAAAAAGGCCGCGUCAAUUCGCCCGUUCUUCACUGCCUUCAAAGCUGUUCUCGAAAAAUACCAGCUCAAAGCAAUCAAGCCUUUCGAAAUAUGGAAUACCCUCAAUGCGUCAGUCUCCUUUGAUCUCCCUACUUUUAUGCAUUCUUGGAUUCAAUACUCAGGCUAUCCAUGCUUGAGAGUGACCAUGGAUGGUGACAAUUUGAAGAUCACACAGCAUAGAUUUUUGUAUGACGGCGAUGCCGUUGCCUUGGGACUUGAGGAUGCUCCAUUCAAUGUCCCGCUCGCUAUAAGAGCCAAGAGAGAUGAUGGUGAAACCAUUGUCAUCAACCAAGUUUUGUGUGACAGAUCUACCAAUAUUGGUAUAAAGCCAGAGCAAUUGGUGAGUCUAAACUUCAACAAGCAAUUUUACUACAAAGUCGUUUACGAACCUGCAAUCAUGCAGCAUCUUCUCUCAAAAAUCAAAGACAACCAGAUGAGUCCAUUAGAAGUGAUGGGUCUCAUAAAUGACUAUGGCAGAAUUCUCGGUCAGCCGUUCAGAAAAGAUGAAGCUGAGAUAUUUGGCAAAAAUCAACUAAUUACUUUAGCAUCCAUCAUCGGCGUGUUAGCCUCGGAGACCUGGAAAAUUAAUUACAAUGUGUUGAAAAUUGCGCUCACAUUCCUCGAGACAAUCAACAACAUUAUGCUUCAUUUCAGUGAGUACGAUCAUUUCAAGGUCUGGCUUGACGCUAUCAGUGAGCAACUUUUUCAAAAAGUUGGAUCCUGGGACGAUGUCAUCGAACAAACAAAUGAGGUCUACGAUUCUUGUGAAUACGAAUGUAGAAACGUCAUUUUGCAGUUGGCGAGUGAGAGCAAAGACGCACAAACUGUUUGCAAGCGCCUUUACAAAAACCUUAUACAUUCUGGCAUAGCUAAGAAAUUUGUCGCCAAAGAAUUGUUUUCUGCCACAUUGAAUGUGACCAUGACUAAAGCCAACAUGAAUGAGUACAAGCAAAUAUUGGCGCUCGUGAAGAACUCCAACGUCUCAUACUUAAAGCACACCAACGGGUCAGUUCAGGAUCUACAAACUGCAGCAGUUUCCUCUCUUGGUUUCUGCCGUCAGCGAGAACUUUUGAAUAAAACCCUUCAUUUUGUGAACACUAACAUUGAUUCCAAGAUGAUUGAGCUUGCAUUAAUUGGAUUCAAGUAUCAGCACACGAACAUCAGCAGAGAAUUAAUCUGGGCAUGGUACAAAGUGAACUACGAUCAGUGGGUGAGACGGUCGCUCAGAAAAGGGUCCGACUGGUCGAAACAGAUUCACACUACCGUCACCAACAUCACCAAGAUGGUGCUUGGAGAGAUUAUGCAAUACAAGCAUGAAGAAAUAGAGAAGUUUGUCAAAACAAAGGCCCUGCAGCUCCCACUGCACGGACUCAUAGAGGCGUGGGAAGAGGUUGAGGCCGACAACGAAGAAAAAAGAGCCGUGGCUCGGUUCUACAACGACUUGGUUGACCACUUGUAA